AUGAGACUGGGAAGCGUGCUUUACGUAGCAGCUGCUACUCUGGCUGCAGCCGCACCAGUACAGCAGACAAGUAAUGUCGUCGAUCCUCACAACCGACUUUGGAAGGACAGCGUGGAGUCGACCAAUGUUGUUGAUCCUCACAACAGACUUUGGAAGGAUAGCGAGGAGUCGACCAAUGUUGUCGAUCCUCACAACAGGCUUUGGAAGGACAGCGAGGAGUCGACCAAUGUCGUCGAUCCUCACAACAGACUUUGGAAGGACAGCGUGGAGUCGACCAAUGUUGUCGAUCCUCACAACAGACUUUGGAAGGACAGUGUGGAGUCGACCAAUGUUGUUGAUCCCCAUAACCGACUUUGGAAGAAGGGCGAGGAGUCGACCAAUGUUGUCGAUCCUCACAACAGACUUUGGAAGGACAGCGAGGAGUCGACCAAUGUUGUUGAUCCCCACAACAGGCUUUGGAAGGACAGCGAGGAGUCGACCAAUGUUGUCGAUCCCCAUAACCGACUUUGGAAGGACAGCGAGGAGUCCACUAAUGUUGUCGAUCCUCACAACAGACUUUGGUAG